AUGAGCGAGAGCAGCCGCCUGUGUUCGGGCUACUACAGCCUCAACCACAGCUUCGUGGAGCCUUUCCAGUGCCCGCGGCGCGGAGAAGGGGCCGCGUUGCUCUACUGCUGUGGCUUCGCAGACCUCAAGUACUGCUGCAGCGAGCCGGGCAGCUACUUCCCCUACAAGCACAGCUACAUGUGGAGCCUCAGUAUUGGUGCUCUGAUUGGAUUGGGAAUCGCUGCCCUUGUUCUGCUUGCCUUCGUCAUCAGCGUCUGUGUCCUUUGCUAUUUAUUUCUGUACACAAAACCUCAAAGGUUAGACAACGGCCUUAAACUUCAGCACCUAGAGGCGUCUUCUGCUCUAGAAGGCAACUUAAACAGAAAAACCAAAGGCCUCAUUUCAAGUGCAGCGUCCCAUUCAACAAAUGAGACAUUCUAUGAAGCAGACGAUGCAACUCAAGAAAAAAUAAUGGACACAACCCAAAUCAACAUUGCCUAUUAGCCAAAAAUCUCUGUUUUGAAGGCUUACUGGACAGAGAGAGCAUUACAAAUAAAGAAUGAAUAAAAAAGGGAAAAGAACAAAGAAUGCAUUUUAUUUGUGUUUUGUUGUUGUUGUCUUGUUUUGUUUUAAGACAAAGUCUAUCUACAUAGCCUUGG